GUAAAUAAUGACGGGUCAAUGCUCGUUUAGAGAUGACUUGUCGUGCGGAUUCUACCAAUACGAACACACGGUACAUGAGGCGAGUGAGUGCCCACCCUACUAAUAUCAUCUGGGGAGCUUGCCCGUCCAUCACCGAAGAAAUCAAAUUAUUCACUCUGCCUCCUCUCGUUUCCCCGCUCCAUCUUCUUCUUCGUCUUCUUCUUCAACCUCAGCCACCUGAAACGGCAGAAAUUUCAGCCAUCGCCAUUCUUUAUGGCUUCCGAUUCCGGUUUCGAUUUCAAAUCCCAUUUGGCCUCUGAAAUCUUCUCCUUCUCCGCUCGUACUGUCUCUUGCGCUCAUCGCCAUUUUAGCCGCCCUUUCUUCGAUUGGUAUCGCCUUCUUGGGGUCGAAGAAGAUGCUGGAAUCGAUUCUAUUCGUAGGAGAUAUCUUAAGCUUGCUCUCCAACUUCAUCCAGACAAAAACCCUCACCCCAAAGCGGAAUUUUCCUUCAAGCUUGUCUCUCAGGGAUAUGCUUGUUUGAGUGAUAAUGUGAAGAGAAGGGCAUUUGAUUUGGAUAGAAUGAAGAAAUUCUGCCCUGAUUGCAACACAAUUCCUUAUAGAAACUUGAAUGCCUUGAAUGUAUUGGGAAGCUUUAACAAGAACAACAAACAUGGAGGCUUCAAGAACAUUAAGGAGAGAUUGAGAGAAGAAUCAAAUGUGAUUGAGAAUUGUUUGCUAAAGAACACCAGCAGAUUUCAUCACAUAAACCACAAAGAAUCCCCAAUCUUCAACCCUUCUGAUUAUGUAAGUCAAGGGUACCCUCAUUUUCGUACCCGAAUUCACCCGAAACCGCAGAAAUUUCCGUGUUUGCGAUCGCGGAAUUCGUUGAAGUAUGAAGAAGGUAUGGGGAAGUUUGAGUAUCCAUUGUUUGAGGUUAGAUCAGAAAGCUUUCAUUUACAGAAACAAUCAGCUUCUAGAGUUUUUCAAGUUGCAGCAAAUUCUUCCCAUGUCUUUUGAACAACUUUUGGCCUGUUCUUAAAAUGUUUUAUGAUUAGUUCCAAAUCUUUAUUAAAGUGGGUGAAACUUUUCUUCC